GGGAAGUCUAAAGCCUAGCAGUUUCCAGAUAUCAUAGUCCACAGCACUAAAGCUAUGGAAAAUUGAUUGAGGCAUUGCAUAAUUAAUAUAAAUGAAUAUGACAAUGCCCCUCAACUUUGGUUAUUAAUUUGUACAAGCUUUGCCUCUGAUAUAAGUUAUAACCAUGACCAGAUUUAAUGAAUAUAACAGUUUAUUUUUUGUCAUAAAUCUGUUCAUGUUGUGUUCAGCUGUGAGGUCUGAUCUUAAUGCAGAUUUCUAUAAGCAGACAUGUCCAGAUCUUCUCAAAAUCGUCAGGAAAGAGGUCAAAGAUGCACUAAAGAUUGAAAUGCGAAUGGCGGCUUCCUUGCUUCGGCUUCACUUUGUCGAUUGCUUUGUGAAUGGCUGUGAUGCAUCAAUUCUGUUGGAUGGAAGCAACAGUGAGAAAUUUGCUACUCCCAAUUUGAACUCUGUUAGAGGAUUUCAAGUGGUGGAUGCAGUCAAAAGUGCUGUGGAGAGUGCAUGCAGUGGAGUUGUAUCCUGUGCUGAUAUAUUAGCCCUAAUUGCCCGGGAUUCUGUUCUGUUGAGUGGAGGACCAACAUGGAAGGUUUUAUUGGGAAGAAGGGAUGGACUGGUGCCAAACCAGAGAGGAGCAAAUCUUGCUAUUCCUUCUCAAUAUGACACACUGGACACAAUAAUUUCAAAAUUUGCCAAUGUAGGUCUCAAUGUCACAGAUGUGGUCUCCUUGUCAGGUGCUCAUACAAUUGGACAAGCAAGGUGUGCCACUUUCAGCAAGAGACUCUGGAACUUCUUCAACACAGGAGGUCCAGACAGCACAAUGGAAAAAGAUAUGCUAUCUGAUCUGCGACAUGUAUGUCUCGUGAAUGGCGAUGGCAACGAAACCACAGCUCUUGAUCGAAAUUCGAAUGAUCUCUUUGACAACCAUUACUACCAGAACUUGCUCGACGGGAAGGGCCUUCUUCAUUCUGACCAAAUUUUGUUUAAUGGUGGUGAUGAUGAAACCAAAAGUGUUGUUGACAACUACAGAAGAAAGCCUAAACUUUUCUUUGAUGACUUUAUCAAGUCAAUGAUCAAGAUGGGAAAUAUUGGCCCAGUGACUGGAUCAAGUGGACAGAUUCGAAAGAAUUGCAGAGUGAUCAAUUGAUAAUUGUGUUAAACUCUGCUGAAUUAAUAUAUUAAAAUCUAGUUUUGUGGCUUGUAUAAAUUAUAAUGCUGAUGAAGGGUUUGCCAGUUUUAUCUAGGAUAUUAAAUAAUAAAGGCUAAAAGUCACUUUUGGUCCCUGUAGUUUGGCAUUUCAACCGCUUUUGACCUUAUAGUUUCAAUUCUGUCAAUUUUGCCAUUGUAGUUUCGUAUUUGUAACAAUUCAAGGACAUGUUAGUAUUCUUGUCAAUUUC